ACUCCUCCUCAUCACCCCCCCUCGCUCAGGGAGCCAUCCAGAUCCCCGAAGGCUUGUCGCAGCCUCCGGUGCUCACAACGACACUGACGUCAUUCACAGCUUUCUCUCCAGAGGAUCUUUAUCUUCCCUGUGAGGCGACCGGUAACCCGACACCCACGUUCCGCUGGGUGAAGGACCAGCAGGAGUUCAGCAGUCAGACGGGUUCUGGGACUCUGAGAGUCGAUGAAGACGAACCUCUGGACUCAUAUGAAGGUUUCUACAGAUGUUACGCCUCCAACACGCUGGGGACCGCCAUGACCCAGAGAGUACACAUCAUCGUGGAGCCUCAGCCCGUCCUCCUCAAACAGCAGAAGGUCAGUAAAUCAGCAUAUGAAGGAGACAGCUUGAUCCUGACCUGUGACCCUCCAAAGAGCUCCACCCCCCCACACAUCCACUGGAUGGACAACAGGAUGGUGCACAUUACGCAGAGUGACAGGGUGGUGGUCGGCAUCGAUGGGAAACUUUACUUCUCUAACGUUAUGAAGAGCGACAGCAGAGACGAUUACAUCUGUAAUGCUCAGUAUUCAGCAGCCAGAACCAUCCUGCCUGAGACUGCAGUCAGACUCACUGUGCUGCCCAGUAACAAUGUGGCUCUUGGAAGGAAACCUCACUUCCUUCAUCCAACCGGCUCUCACACCACCGUGCUGGCUCUGCAGGGACAGAGCCUCUUUCUGGAGUGUAUCCCCACAGGCCUACCGACUCCGAAGGUGGAGUGGACAAAAAAAGACGGAAACCUGGAUGAGAUGAGCAGAAAUCUGGAACUCUACAACCGGCGUCUUCACUUCCACCAUGUCAGUCAGGAACAUGAUGGAGAGUACGAGUGUAGAGCCUCCAACACGCAUGGACACGCCAAGCAUUCCUUCACCCUCACUGUGGAAGCGGCUCCGUACUGGGUGAAGCAGCCUCAGGCUCUGCUCUACUCUCCGGGGGAGACGGUGAGGCUGGACUGUCAGGCCGACGGGAUCCCGACCCCGAAUAUCACCUGGAGCAUAAACGGCCAGUCCCUCUCAG